AUGCGUCAGUACCUACAGCAACUACUCCUCGGUGACCAAAUUAUCCAGGAGGAUAAUUUAGCAAUAUGUCAACAUCUAUUCGCUAAAGGUUACAAUGGUACAGCGGCUGAAAUUAUGAAGGGUGGUUUCUUAGCCUUAUAUGAUGGUUCGAAAUUUUCAUGUCGAGAACAACAGUUCGUUGAACUGCUACCAAAAACAGGUGGGACAUCAGUUCGCAUUCCUCACCCAACAAUUGAUCAAUUUCCAUCACUGAGCAUUGUUCGAGUAUUAUGGUUAUCUAAUUCGAAAAUUUUUAAAAGUAGACAUACCUUAGAUGGAAGAUGGACUGUUAUAAGUGAAGUGUAUGGUGUUUCCAUCAAACAUAUUCCUCUCAAGUCAUCAAAAUCAGGCAGUAUUCCUAAAGAGAUGUCCGGGGUCGGAAAUAAUGAUGAUUUUUAUGGAUUUUUAAUUAGUUAUCAUAUUAAUAAGACAAUGGAUCAGGAUCAGAUCCAACUAGGUGUAUGGGAUGAUGAAGAGGGAUGGAAACUAAUCGAAGAGACGAAUUGUUUGUUGCGAAGAGUGGGACCAAAUAAUAUUCUUUUUGCUUGUUCCCGAGUGUUUUUUACCAAGAAUGUAAACGAAAAUAUCAAAUAUUUUGCAGCAAUGCAGAAUACAUCUUGUUGUGAAGAAUUAAUUACUGCAACAAGAAAACCAGUGAAAUUAACAUGGUAUAUAUGUGCAUCAUCCGGUUUUUUGGCUUCAGUAAUGCUUUUGACCGUUAUUAUUAACGUGUACUUACUCUGUGCAUCCACCCAUUGUUCACAAAGGAGUCAACAAGUGAUUGUUAAUAUGUGCGCUUGUAUAUUUGUUCUAUGUGCACUAUAUUCAUUCUCCCAUAACGGAAUUCUUGAUCCAGAAACAUGUCGAGCAAUUACUGUCGCUCAGCAUUUCUUUUUUCUUACUGUUUAUUUUUGGAUUAUGCAAGCUUUUAAAUUGUUACGAGAAAAACUCAGCAAGAUUGUAGGAUAUUACAGUCGAAGCAAAGAUGAUGAAAAACUCUACACCGAAGGUGAAAAGGUAGCAUUAUAUGGAGCAAUUAUGGAGAUGUACUUCAUUGCGUAUGGUAUUCCUCUGAUUGCCAUGUCAACUGUGUUAGCUACCAAUACCUUAUCACGCAACGGGUCACCAAAAUUCUGCUUUCCUUCAUCAACGAUGCAUAUUAAAAUAUUUGCGUACGCCAUUUACGUACCUUUGUUUAUUUGCGCCAUCUUUAUAUUGGGGAUCAUUGCCAUCAUUUUACGUUUACUUAUCACAGCAAGACGAUUAUCUGUUGAAACCAUAUCUCAACAAUAUAUAGACAACAAAAGUUCUGAAGGAAACAUCUCACUAACUAGAAAUGGAACUACAUCUGCUGAUUUGAGUAAAAAGGCAAGCGCUGCAACAACACAACUCCUAUGGUUGUUAUUAAUAGCAGUACUGUAUUCAUUGGACUGCUAUGCGGCAGCCACUCAUAUUAACCAAUUAAAUAACUCGGGACUUACCGCAACACAGAACUCAUACUUCAAUGCAUUAUUUAAUAUAUUACUCGCUCUUUCCAUUCUUUACCCGUUCACGCUUGAAUCGAUAUGUACGAUACUACACAAAACUCGUAAUUCAAGUUGUUCCGUAUGCAUUACAAAGCCAUUCAUUAAUGCACCAUACAACUACAAGGAACAUAUUGUGCCUCAGGUACAAAUAGGAUCGACCGCUGGGUGUUUUGUUGAAGAAGAAUGGGUAUAA